AUGAACUCCAAAAAGAACAAUUUAAACAAAGUCGGCAGGCAAACGACGAACCCUAAUUUGGGAAGGAAACAUAAUUCCUAUAAGGAAAACACCUACGGAAAGACGAACGGAGGGAAGGUUUUCAAAUUCAUGAGCGAUUUGAAGUAUAAUGGCUACGGCAAGAAAUUGGACGCAGUGCAUUCUGACAACAGCUCCAGCACGAGUCGGAAUGGAAAAGCCUACGGCGUAAGUAGCAAAAGAAGAAGCAAACAAAGGCAGCAACAUGUGGGGGAUGAAGAAUCCGAGGAAGAUGAAGACGAUGCGGAAGAGGAGGAAGAGUCGGAAGAAGAAGACCCCACCGCCUCCGCCGAUGGCGAAGACGAUGAAGAUGAAGAUGAAGAUGAGGAUGAUGAUGAUGAUGACGAUGAUAACGAUGAUGAUGAUGAGGAGGACGACGACGAAGACGACGAUGAUGAUGAUGAAGAUGAAGACGAAACGAACAGCAGCCAAAUGAGCGAUUUCUCUGUAAAAAAAAAAAGAAAAGAAAAAAACCUGCAUAAAAAUGACAACUUAUACGAGGGAAUAGAAACAUCCAGUAUAAAAAAUAAAGUCAAUCAAAAAAAUUAUAACUCUGAUUACUACGAUAUUUACUCCAACAUAUACUCCUAUUAUGAUAUUUUUACUGAAGAUAAAAAUGAAAAAAAAAAGUUUAAAUAUUUUAAAGACGUUUUUUCCAAUUUCGAUCAGAAGUAUGAGAAUAAGGAAUAUAACUACGGGGAGGACUUGAGCAAAAAACUGCAAGAAAAACACGUGCCCAUUAUGCAUCCGAAAAAAAAAAGAAACCAUUUUGAUAAAUCCUAUACUAAAGAGGACAGGGGAAACGCCUCCCCCCUCAUUCCAAACCUCCCCGCUGCAGAUAAUAGCAACUCGAACCGCGCCGGGGGAAACGGUAGACUCGGCAGUAACGUCAGCACUGCCUUUUUGAGUAACAGUGUUUUCCAUAAUGGUGAAGGCAGAAAUCCCCGGGGCGGUAAGGACAAUGUGGACAAUAAAGACAGCAAUGAUAACAAUGACCGCACUCAUGUCGCCGCCGCGAUGAAUGACCUUCGCAAUGAGUUCUAUGCUGGAAGUGGCUCCCUGAGGGCGAAGCGAAAUAACUUGAAAAAGGGCGAAGCGAACAAAGACUCGAUGCUCAAAAGUAACAAGAAACUCGUACCUUUGAAAAAGAAAAAAAAAAAAAAAAGCACCAGCGAAGAUGUCAGUAUGAACGAUAGGGAGAAUUUGAGUACACACAUGAACACGGACCACAGUACUAACCCCAUUUCUGCUCCCGCGAACGCCGCUGCGAGUGUUUCCUCAAGUGCGAACCCAAACGUGAUUGAAUUUAAAAAGUAUAUGGGCGAUCCAAAAAACGACACAGAGAACAUCUACGGCAACCACGACUUUUCAGACCUCAGGGGAAGUGCGAACGCGAGCAAGGAAAAGGUGAAGAAGAAAUUCAACCACCCUGCGGAGGACGUCGCCAGUAUUGGUAGAAAGUCAAAGGGGAGAAGCAGAAAGCCCGGUCUGUUUGACAACCUGGAAAAUAGCGAACUGAGCAGCGCUUCUGUUUACACCAAGUACACCAAGUAUGGAAAGUUCGCCCAGUAUGACAAAGACGCGAACCCGGUGAAGGAUAGAGCCAAUUUGCACAUGGGUGCAACGAGUGGUGCCCCACACCGGAAAGGCAGACUCGGCAAUGUCAGCAACGUUAGUAACGCCAGUGAUGCAAGCAAUCUGAGCAACCCCAGUAACAUCAGCCUGGACAGCUCGUGCUCCAUUGAGCUGGACGACCCCCAAGAGGAGGGAAAAGUGCCAGACGUGAAAAAAGAAGGAAACAUGAAAUUUUUAAAAAACCCAACCAAAAAGCGAAUGAACAAGCUCAAAAAAAUCGUUGAAAUAUUGGAAUAUUCCAUAUACAAUGAAGAAAAGAAAGGAUCUAAAUUGGAGUCAAAAUUGUACGACUAUGUACGCCUAACGAGGACCCUCAAACAAGAAAUUGCAAACCUGGAGGAACUUAACAACAGUAAUAAAAGCAAAAUGGCUAAUUAUGAAAAGGACAUAACAAAGCUCAAGGAUCAAAAUGAAGAAAUGAAACUGACCCUGUCCACAUUCGAAAAUGAGCUAAGCAGUUUAAUAAACAAGUUUGAUAAAAACUUUGCAAAAGACUUGAUCGACACCAAGACGCAAAACGAUGUGCUGAAGAAGGAAGUCGAGAGACUCAAAAUGGAGAUCGAAAAAAAAAACCACGAAAUUAAGAAGAUGGAAACCUGGAAUGACAUGUCCAAGAAGCUAAGUGGGGAAAAUGCAGUAAUACAGGGAGGGGCAGGAGUAGUGCCCUCUGCUGUACACACGUCAGGAAUCAGCAGUACAAGUACAACAAAUGGUCCAUUGAAUAAUGUGAAAAUGGCCAGUGGGGUUGUUAACUCCACCAGUGCAGAAAUCACCGGUCACAGAAUACCCGCGCGCAGUGACAAGAAUGAACAGGGAAGAGACUCCGGAAAAAAUCCCCUCGAGAAGAACCUCAAAGAACCAAUAAUCACCGAGUAUGAAUUCCCUGUUUACUAUGGUACCAGCGAAGAAAUUGACGCAUCCGUGGUUGACGAUUUAAUAUUAAAAAUGAAAACAAUCAGAAUCGUGUAUGAGAAAAAUAUCGAAAGGUAUGAUGACGACACCAAGGCCACGAUUUACGGCUGCUACAUCUCAAACUUUAUUUUAGAAAAUAAGGACAUAUGCAAUCACAAGAAGGUAUUGAAGCAUUUGCAGGAGCAUUGCCUAGUGGAGUCGAAACUGCUGAAUGUACAUUUGUGCCUACGCAGGGAAAGGUGUGACAAUGUUCCCGUCAAACAACUGGAGAAAGAAGUCAUUCGGCAGCUCGAAAAUCCAGACUCAGACAAAAACAAAGAGAAGGUGGCCCUCAUCAAUUCCAUUAUGCUAACACUUCUGUUUAAAAAUAUGCACAUGUAUAAUUUAUAUCGACUGUUCGUAAUUUGUUUAAAGUGCGAUAAUUUUCGGUGGAUACGUUUGAUGAAAAAGUCGCUGUUUUUGAAGUUUUUCGACUUGUGUUUGAUCGACCCGAAUGUGAAAGGGAGCGUCAGCAUCCCGAACGUGAACGAAGUGCGAUUAGUGCACGUCCCGCACGCAGAAGCACUCGUCGACCCAGCAGACAGCCUACAUGUGGACAACUCCCAUCAAGUGCAGUACGAUAUCAAGCACCCCAUGUUCUACUGCUCCAACGAAACAGUGAAGAGACUUAUCUCGAGCAUGUUCCUCAACUUCGCAAAGGACCCUAUCAACCCUCAAAACGGUGACAACAUAUACCACUAUGUUCUACAGAAGAAGAACUUUGAGCUGCUCAAGUUGUUGAAGUUGUCUGGCAAAAAUUACAAUUAUAUAUUUAACAAAAAUGCAGAAAACAAAACUCCACUGGACUACCUAGACAAUGAAGACAUCAAAAUCGACCUCAUUUCUGGCUACAUCCUAGACAUAGCAGGAAAAGGAGCAGAUAAUUAUAAAAACGCAAAGUAUGACGUAGCCUUCGAUCUGUACAGUGAAGCACUGGAAAAACAAAUAAAACUUUCAGAAUCCGUUAGAAUGGGUAAAUCAAUGAAUGAAAAUAUAGGGAAGCUUUACUACAACAGAGCUAGGACAUUAAUGCACCUGAACAAAUGGAUCGACGUUAUUGAAAAUUGCAUGAACUGCCUGAAAUACAUUCCCAAAUAUAUUAACGCUUUCGACACCCAAAUACAUGCGUACGAAAAUUUGCUUGAGUAUGAAAAUGCCCUGUUGACGUAUAAAAAUAUGUGUAUGAAAUGUAACAUCAAACCGGAUGAUAAGGAAGACAAACUCAAGUCACAGAUAAAUGCCACAUCCUUUCAAAUUUUAAAUGUCAACAGGAAUUGCUCCGUCUCAGAAAUCAAGCAAGCCUUCUCCAACUUAUGCAAGAAGUGGCACCCUGACAAACUUGGCAUCAACAGUAGUCCAGAUAUUAAAAGAAGACACAACAAUCAUUUUAAGCGACUGUUUAAGGCCAAACAACUCCUCCUUAAUGAGGCGGAAAGGCUCAAAGAGAAGAAGAAAAAAGAGACCAACUAUGUGUAUCCUCAAAUUAUCGAAGAUAUCAAUAACCGCCCACAGGGUAAUAACAGAUCCGGCUCGCAUAACAGGCAAAAGACCGCGGCCACCCAAAGUGAUAGCGUAAACGAGCCAUAUCAGCAGAAAGAUGCUAACGUUCCCACCACUGCAAGCAACACGAAUGACAGUGCUAAUACCUCUCAUAAGGAUGACCGAGGGGGCAAUGCAGGGGACGCGACCCUUAACAGUAAUACAGGCACAUUUAACUCAACAGCGCAGACUUCCAAUUUUCCCAGCGAUGCCAAGAACAACUUGUACCACACGUACAAAGACGACAUUGACAAAUUUCAGGAGAAACUAAAAAAUUUUAACAAAGGAUUGAACAACGAAUCGGAUAGCAACAAAAAUGCAAAUCCCUUCCUCAACCUAUUCGAUGGAAAACUCUCCAACCUCAAUAACGAAAAAGUGGAUGAAAAUUUUUACAAAAAAUUGAAACAGGAAUACGAAGGGCUCUCCGAUGAUGAUAUCACCAAUUUUAAAACCAAAAUUUCAAAUUCCAUUAACAACCUCAUACAGACGGAACUCAACCUUAAGAAAGAGUACCAGGAGCUCUGCAUAAAGGAAAAGACAAAUGUCAUUAUGAAUGCCCGCCUCUGCAUUUUGCAAGAGAUACAGAAGGCGUUGUGCGUGCGAUUGGACAAAGAGAGGAAGCUGAAGGUGUUAGACAGCAUAAUUAAGGGAAGAACAGAGGAACGAUCGGUUAAGUGGGCCAAGGCAAAUGGAAGUGGAGAGGCUAUCGCACAGGAAAUCCCCCGCGAAGGUGAAAAAGAUGACGCUCGAACUGCCAAAAGCGAAGAGUAUGCCGCUGAUCCCCAAGGGCAAGACGAAAAGGAAAAGGAAUAUCUUCAAAAAAAUUCAUCCAAGUUUGCUAAGGGCGCAUCCGAACCAGAGGUCAAAUGGGAAAACUCCAGAAAAAAAAGCAACGCCAAUAAGGAUGACCGCUUUUUCGAUGAUACGGAAUUCUUACGAGAUGCGCAAAACAGCAAAGGGGAUAGCGGACAGGCGACAACGGACCGAAAUAAGCAACACCUCGAAGGAAGUGAUGAACAUGGCGAAGAAGGCGAUCAUUCCAUGGAUAGUAGUAACAAUGAUGAGUAUGAUGAUGGAUCCGCUGAGCAAAGUUCCAGUAAGCGACACGGAGACCCAAUGGAACAUGCAAAAAACACGCAGAAGGAAGCGGCGGAAGAAAAAUUGCACGAAGGUGCCUCCAAGAAAUUGUUCUCCAAUGACGACAGGGGACACUUCGAGGACAGCCAAAAAAAUAAAAACACCCCAAGUGCAAGCAACAACGAUUGUGCAGGGGGUGACAAUGUCGGUCACAGAAAUAGGCGAAAAAAAAAAAAUGAAGAUUUUAAGGACAACAAUAUACAGUGGGAGGAAGACGAAACAGAUAGAGGUGACAGAAAAAAAAACCAAAAAAACAAAAUGGCUGCAGAGAACGACCAUGAAAACUUCAUAUUUUGGGAUGAAAAGGAGAACGCCCAUCACGAGGGAAAGGAGACUUCAUACGUCUUCGAGGAUGCUGAUAUAUUCCAAGGGAAUAAUCAAGGGGAAAAUGACGGCAAUAAUUUCUUCGACAGCGUCAGUGCUAAUCAGUCGAGUCAAGCCAACCAACCAUUUGGGCACUCAAACAGAUUUCCUGGGGAUAGCAACUCCAUGGGCGAAUAUGAAAAGAGCUUCACUGGUGACAGAUUAGAAGAAAACAAUUUUUUUUUCUCAAAUAAGGGCAACAAACGGAGGAAUGGCCUAAACAAUGUAAUGGGGUCAUUUUACGAUGAAAAUACUGAACAACAGCCAAAUGGGAAUGAGCACGACAGUUUUGCCGGCAAGAGAGAAGGCGAGGUGUUUCAAGAAGACGCAGAAGAAGAGGAAGAUGAAGUAGGAAAUAACGGGACAAUGACCAGCAGUCACCAUUUCGCAAAAUCGAUGAGUGAAAGGGACCCGUUUGAUUUUCCCCAUGGGGACAAUUAUGAUUACGAAUUGGAAAGUCGUGCCGGUGAUGGGGGUGUCGCGGCAGAGAGUAGGCAUUCCAGGGAGGCGUACGCCGAAGGGGAGGAUGCCCAAAAUGUCGGCUCAGGGAACUGCGCGAAUGCCAACUCGCACAAAGUGAAUUUCCCAAACGAGCAGGAUGCGCACUACCAUAGGGAAAGAAUGAAGGAUAUAAUGGGCUCCACAAAUGGGACACCUGGAAAUGUGAAGAAGGUCCCCCAGAACGGUAGCAGCAGCUCCAACGGAAGUGUGCAAAGUGACGGAGAGGAGGACAUCCAGCACGGCGUUAGGACGACGACAAAUAACGGCGGUCCUGUUAGCUCCUCGCAGUAUAAUAACGAUUUCCACGUUGACAGCUCCAUUUAUAACCACAGCGAUGAUAAUUACCAUAUAAAUGACGCCUACGAAACGAGGAAUCAGCGUCAUAUACAACACGUAGAAAAAAAGCAUCCACCACAAAAAGUAGCGGAUCAUAAAGUACAGGACCAUAACGUACACGGUGAACAAAACGACCCAAUUAACUACUCCAACAGCUUGAAGAAGGAGGAACAGUUCGAAACAAUGCGAUUCCCUGGUAGCAACAGCUACGUUCACAAAGGCUUAGACCAAAAUAUGCUUAACCUACUUAACAUGGACGUCAACCUAGGACCAAGUAGCUCCUCAGGAAAUUUGAAUUUGACAUACACAGAAAAAUUUAUGAAGAAAAAUUUAAUGUACUCCAAUGACGCCGUGGACAGAGAAAAGAGGCGAAGUAGCUUCAAGGAGCAGGCAGGCACUAAGUAUGCUAGCGAUGGGGAAGAAGUAGGAAACGGCGAAGAUAUUUACGGGCUCUAUAAUCAUAACAUUGGGGGCAUUAGCGGCAGUAACGGAAGAGGUGACCACGAUGUACACAACUUCGACUCCUCGUUUUUUACCCAACACGCGCAUUUCCCGCAAGAUUCAUCCACAAAUGGAAGAAAGAAUGGAGAACGGAUCUCAACCGCACGAAGGAACAGCAACAACACCGAAGCUUUUGCCAAUUUAAGCAGCGGUCACUAUGAGCAGGAAAUCGAAACACAACACCAGACGACACUUCGCAUGUCGCAGCAGGGAUACAAAAAUGCAGAAGGGGGAACCUUUUAUAACAGCCCCAACAACGAUGUCCACUACGCCAACGAACGGUACGAAGAAAAUUAUCAACACGAACAAGGACAAUACAACAGUUACUACGCACCCGAUGAGGAAGAUACACCAAAUUAUCCAAACAAUAACGAUGAUAAAAAUUUCUUCCAAACAUAUAUUAACACAAAUCAAAGUAAUACAAAUCAUCUGUAUGAGAAUGACAUGAACAGUCCAUUCCCUGAACAAGUAGACGCCAAACAAGAUAGCGUCCUCUAUGAUGACAAUAAUUUUCCGAACAGUAAUUCCAACAUUUAUGGAAAUCACCUGAACAAGUCAUACAAUUAUGAUAAUAUAAAAGUGAAAAAUGACAGAGACAAAGAUCCCAGUGAGGAAAAUAACUAUAUCAAGUUGAACAAGUCCUCCUUGGAUAAGCUAACCCCCAAAGUUGAUGUGAGUAAAGACAGGCCCUUUGAUUUAGCGGAGGGGAUAACGAUGGGUGCUGCCACUACCCCGGGUUCUGCACCUGUCGAAGGUUCUCUACCGAAAAAAAUUUUUAAAAAAAACGUGAACAAAGAUGACAAGCACAAGGUUGCCGAUCAGAUGAAACGGGGGAAGGGAAAGGUAACGGACAGCGGGGUUACGAACACCAGUAGGCAAAACAAGUGA